AUGGAGAUUGAUAUUCAAGACGAACUAAACCGAGAUGGUUUAAUUAUCUAUUCAGUUUUAUACUCCAGUGUUACAGUAGCAUUUGCUGCUGCUGUGUUGACAAAGUUUCUCACAAAUGAAUUCCGCUUUGGCUUCAGAUCAUUCCUGUCGCUUAUCAUUUUGUUUCUGGGCGAACCACUCUGUCAGUUUUUGGUGAAAGGUCCUGGUGGAUUGGUAAUUUUUUCAGUAGGGUGUUUGAUAAUUUACUCUGUAUUGCCUGCCAGUCAUCUGCCAGCACAGAACAAAGCCGUGCUGAUAACAGGUUGUGACAGUGGGUUUGGACAUGCGCUGACAUUAAAACUGGAUAGCAUGGGCAUGCAGGUGUUUGCUGGCUGCCUUGAAGAUAAGGGGCCUGGAGCCGUGGAGCUCCGAAACAAGUGCUCAGAUAAGUUAACAAUAUUGAAACUAGAUGUGACAGAUGCAAAGGACAUCGAAGCUGCUUCAGCUUACAUAAGUAAUAAGCUGGGGGAUGAAGGUUUGUGGGGUUUGGUGAACAAUGCAGGGGUCUGGUGCUUCGCUGAACUGGAGAUGACGUCAGAUAAAAUUGUACAGAAAAUCAUGGACGUCAAUUUGUUUGGCGCUGUAAGAGUGACUAAAUCUGUACUUCCACUUAUUAAAAAGGCACAUGGGAGAAUUGUUAAUGUUUCAAGUCUUCUAGGUCGGGUUUCACUAGAAGGAAAUGGUGCCUACAGCAUGUCCAAGCAUGCUUUAGUGGCUUACACUAACACACUGCGCCUGGAGAUGAAGAAGUGGGGAGUAGAUGUGUGUAUUGUGGAGCCCACUGGCUUCUUUACUGGUAACUCACAAGAACACGUGCUUAGAAAAACUAAAGAGGAGGUAUGGGCAACAUUGGAUGCAGCAACACAAGAGGUGUACGGAAAAGAUUACCUCGAAGCAGUCUACACCCACAUUCAAGCUUCAGUUCAGCGACAUCCCAAAGACUUAACACCAGUUAUUCGAUGUAUUCGCAGCGGUCUCCUUUCAAAGCGGCCUCGGGAGCGAUUUCCUUGUGGACCUGGAGCCGAAAUUCUAAUUUUUCUUCACUCUGUGCUGCCAGUUUGGGCAGCAGAUUAUCUGUCCAGCAGCAUUAGCAUUCUGCCGAAACAUUUGCGACCAAAGGCAUUGCCAGUUAAAUAG